UUCCAUAAAGUUCAUCUUCACUAUACGGUUAUUAAUAAAGCGAUAGAAGUGUUAUAUCAGUUAUUAAACACAUUCAAGAGGUUUGGAAGCGAUUCAGAGACGAACUGUGUCUGUUUCCAGUGUUUAGAAUGAAAACAAGCCGUUUAUCUGAAACACGUCAGCGCGUGCUUCUCUCUCGUUCUGGCGAGGACCUCUCAAAGUUAUGAACGAGCAUCUUCCAGGAACGUUAAUAAUAAGACGUUCUUUCAAAGUGAUUUGGGUGUUCUUAAAACAUUAGCACGCAUCGUUUAUCGUUUAGAAAGAUUUUUUCAGGGUCUAAUUUAUUAAAAUAUGUGUCCCUGCAGCACAGAAGCAGUCAUCAGUAGCACAGUGAGUAUCUGCGUCAGUGGAGAUGACGGCGUGUUUGAGUCUGUGUUGAUGUGUUUGUGAUGAUGAUGAUGAUGAUGAAGAGGAUGUGAAGGUGGGAUGUCUGCGUUAAAGAGUCUGGUUCCUGCGCGCUUCCUGACGCUCGCCGCUCACCUGGUCAUCGUCAUCACCAUCUUCUGGUCACGGGACAAUAACAUCCAGUCUUGUCUGCCGCUGGAAUUCACUGAAGAACAGUUCAGGACAGAAGACACACAGCUGCUGGUGGCGCUGUCUGUGACUCUGGGGCUGUUUGUGAUUGAACUCGCUGGGUUUCUCUCCGGAGUCUCCAUGUUCAACAGUAACCAGGCCCUGCUGUCUCUGAUCUCUCACUCCAGCGCCUGCGUCAGUCUGUCCUGCUUUGUUUUCCAGCAGUGGCCCUGCUGGACGUACUGGAUCAUAUUCAGCUUCUGCAGUGUGAUUCCAGCUCUCUUCGAGUUCUUUCUGCUCGUUUCUCUCAGGUCAAUGUGAGUGAUUCUUCAGCUGAGGACGUGAAGAAAAACCCUGGUUCUGUUGGAUCAUGAUUUCUUCUACAGAUGGAGAUGUCAGAGAAUCAGCUGGAGAAAUGUAGAGAUUUGUAGAUAUUUCUCUUUUCUGUGUUUCUAUAAAGGAAUUAAACAUGAAUUUUCAAUGAA